AUGAAUUUACCCUAUUGCUAUGAGGCUAACCUCUGUAGAUACGAGAAGUACUUCGCCUGCAGUCGCUGCCUCCAUCUCCUCCAUUACUCCCAUUUCCGCUGCGGUCAAGUGCGUGGGAGAUGGGCAAAAUUAUGUUCUGGAAGAUGCUUUCGUGCUUGUAUUGGUUGCCUAGCUCAUGAGCGCUUUACAUUGUAUAUGGACCGCCACCGCAAUCGACCUGGAGCAAAUGGCCCUGGGCCAAACGUUGACCGAAGGGCUGCUCAAGCGACCGUUCCGCCAUAUUGGCCUCCUCCCAAUCCCGUGCAGCCUCCUGCGUAUCCCGCGUUACCUUCUGCGUAUCCCGCGCAGCCUUCAGUGUAUCUUGCACAACCUUCAGCAUACUCCGUGCAGCCUUCAGCGUAUCCCGCGCUGCCUUUUACUUAUUCCGCGGUGCCUCCUGUGCUAAUUGAGAUAGCGUGGAUACGCCGUGACUGCCACCGUGCGCUCGCAGCAAAAGGCGGACGAUAUCAUCAAAACCCACCUCUCGUGGAAGGGCAGGAUCAACUUCGUGAUUGUGUCGGAUCAUUUAAUGUCCUUUUUGAGGAGGUCACAGUGUCUUUCACCUAUAUUAUUCACACAGCGCCUCCCCUGAACAUUAAUGUCAAGGAUAUCCAGAAGGAGAUGAUUGAGCCUGCUGUGAUGGGGACAACGCAGAUACUGGAGAGCGCCCAUCGCCAAGGAGGAACAUCACUCAAACGGUUCGUUCUGCUAGGGAGUGCAGUUUCCGUCCUGAACUCCUUCGAGGAUAUGAGUCGCGAAGGACGCCCUUACACUGAAGAGGAUUGGAAUCCAGUCACUGCGGAACAGGCUAUCGAGCGCCAGGGCACCAUUCUAGGCUACAACCUCUCUAAAACCUAA